UCUUGUUCAACUCACCUCGCAUGUAGGAAAAACAUUAAAAAGACUUGCUACUGACUAUUAGAUGGUGUAUUGGUUACUACCUUGUUACCAUAGCAACGCCUUUGUUUGAUCACAAUAAUACAGCCAAAUAAAAUAGAUGUUGGUGAAAUAAAUAUCUUACAAGGAACAUCUUGCUUUAAUUUUGCCAGGUUUUCUAAAAUGUCAGAAAAGAGUGUGUUGUAAGAUUUUACAGUACUAUUUUAUUUGUAGAAUUUAAGCGUAAAGAAUGGAUUCCCUAGAUCUUUUAGCUCGUGAAGAUGAGUUCAAGAAACUCAAUAAACAGUUGGAAAAGAAAACAGAAAGCCUUAUGAAGGAAAUCGAGCAUGUUAUGCAAAAACAAGAUUUCUUCUCCGAAUUCUCUCACAGUCUCUCUCUAACACCGAACUCCACACCUAAACGUCACCAAUGUCACCCACCACCACCAGAACGAACAAUCAAUCCGAUCAAACCUGCCAUCGUCAAACGGAGGACGAUCAAAUCACCGAAGCACAUCACGGUUGACGAAACAAAGAAUGUCUCUGUAGAAAUAAAAGAAGAAGUACGGAGGGUGGUAUGUGAUUGUUGUUUAAAUAAUAAGAAAGAGAAGAGAGACGAUAGCAGUGAGUUUUUGCAAGCGUUUGUGUCAGUCGGUGUUCAAGAGAGGGUUUUCCCGCAGUCUUUCUUAAAAGAUAAUAUUUCGGUGGAGAGUAUUUGCAAGUUCCUGUCAUCCAAAGUGAAGCUAAUGCAAGAUCAGAUCGACAACUUACAAGAUGCUAUAGACAAGAAGGCCAUACAAUGCAAAGCGCACCUCACACAAGUAGCAGAGUUAGAGGGAGAAAGGAUGAGUCUGCUAAACAAGAACAAUAACUUGCGGUCGAGCGCAGCCGACGCGAAAGCCAAGUGCAUGGGGAUGGAGAACAGACUAGCCGAAAAAGACCGGCUCUACAAAGCCCAAAGAAGCGAGUGUGACAAACUAUCCAGAGAGGUUCAAAAACUGCGUAGUGACACCUCUGCCGCGGCCGCACGUCACGCCGCACAAAAUGACGCGCUUGGAAGGACCACGCAGCAGUUGGAAGCGCUGAAAAUGGAACACCAGGCUUUCCGCGACUCCACCCGCAGUCUCGCAGCGUCGCACCAAAGCGCCAUCUCAUCUCUGGAAUCGAAACUGAAGUGUCUCAAAAGCGACAUAGACAAGAAGAACGCUCUCAUAGAUACACUGAGGAAACACAACGCGUUGCUUAGUACAGAGGCUGCGUUGAGGGCUUUAGAGAAGGACUAUUCGAACUUUUUGAACCAAGACUUGUGAAUA